GGCGACUCGGACGCCAGCAGCGCCUUAUCUCGCGUCUAUAUAACCGGUGGCUGCAUGCGCGCGCGCACACUCGCUUGCGCCGCUCACCGCCGUCGAUCGAUUUCCCGCCCUUUGUCAUUUUCACGGCGCGUGCGUUUCCACCGCGAGUGAGAUAAAGCGUAAACAAAAUGAGUAUCCCUGAAUUCAGACUAGAACGUAAUGUGGAGCUAUCUCCGGAGACUAAGGAGAUAGCCGAGAGGGAGUUGAGAGAGACCCCUGAGAGAGUGAGAGAGGCUCUGGAGAGACUCCGGGAGCUGCUCAAGGAGAACAAAGACCUAUACUUCGGAGAUGAUGACGAGAUUCUGACGAUCUUCCUCCGGCCCUGCAAAUGGUACCCUGAGAGCGCACUCGCAUUGAUGCGUGGUGUAGCGGAGUUCAAACGCGAUAAUGCGGCUCUGCUGGACGGCCUGCUGCCCGAACAUGAGAAGGAUGCAUUCCUGGACCAUAAGGUGGUUAACGUGAUGAAGGGCAGAGACCAGAAGGGCAGACGGGUGCUCAUUGUCAACUGUGGAGGCUCAUGGGACCCGAAGAAAGUGAACGCGGACCAGUUGUUCCGGCUGUUCUACUUGAUCCACGAGGCGGCCAUGUUGGAGCCCGAGUCCCAGGUUCGCGGUACUGUCGUGCUCAUGGACUUCUGCGACAUGGGCUGGUCACAGACAAUGGGUCUAACACUGGCGUUCUCGAAGCGGCUUCUGAAGUUCAUCCAGGACGCGAUGCCACUGCGACUGAAGGAGGUGCACUUCGUCAAGCAGUCGCUGCUCUUCAACGGAGUAUGGAAGAUGUUCAAGCCCUUCAUCAGGGAAAAGCUAAAGGCCAGAAUCUUCUUCCACGGGAACAAGAUGUCGUCUCUCCACGAGCACCUGGCACCAUCCCACCUGCCAGCAGACUACGGCGGCGAGUUGCCCGCCAUCGACUACUCCGGCGCAAACUGGUACCCCGUCAUCAACGACAUCCUCCCUCAUAUACACAACUGGAACUCUUACGGGUUCGCCAAGAACGCGUAGGUAGCAUUUAAUCUUAGAUAGGUUUUGUUUCUUUAGCGAGACAGUUUGUUGUGUCGUUCGAUCAGUUUUUCGCCGCAUGAGAAUAAGAAUAUCUAUUUUGAUUAAAGAAGAACUUUGUGCCAGAAAAGAGAUGAAAUGUAAUUGUAAUUGUCCACUGCCGCGCUAUGGAGUGAAGACCAGCGUAGAUAUACGGAAUCGACCAAUCACCGCGAGGAAGAAAGUACAGAGCGUAUUUUCUCUCGCAUGAGAUGUUUCCUCUUCUCUUCGCUUUGGUGGAAAUCUACUCCAACGCUGAAAACAUUACAGUGAUGACACGCACAUUUCAACCAAUCGCAAUGGCCGACGAUAACGUCAAAUUUAACGAGAUUGAUCGAAACGAUGUCUACAAAUCAAAGUCUUGCUAAAGUCUAGGUUUAAGUUAGAUGAUUGCCAUAAUUGAGGUUCUGAGCAGAGCUGUAGAGGUGUUCAAUGUUGACGGUUGAGCUGGAGGAUUAUUUGCAAUAUUUAGUAAUAGGCGUUUUAAAACUGAUAGUGGUAGCUUUAGCCAAAUGUAGUUGAUAUAGUCUGUGGGGAACAAAGCAGCUACCGAAUUCUGUACGCGAUGUACUUCGUGGUCAUCUACAAAAUGUUAUGCAUUUCAUGAUACUGUUAAAAAGCUAUUGUGCUAAUGGAAUCUAGUUCCUAACGACAUAGAGUUUUAAAGAAGGAAUUGAUUUUAGAUAUUCUCUCAACAUAACAUACGUGAUGCAACUUUUUUUAUGGAAUUUUGUAUUUAGAUUUAGAUGUGUUAGCAUAAUUAUUGUAUGAUAAAGUUCUAUCUUUAAUGAUGAUGAUAUUUUGCUCUAUUUCUUGGAAUAUACUAGCUAUUGGUAUACUUUAUUUUGCAACAAGUAUGUUAAAAUUUCAAUGUUUUCAAUUAUCUCUAUCAAAUGUUUAACUUGGUGAUUCUUAGGUUAGUUGUUCGAAUAGUACGGGAUUGUGAGCGUUUAUCAUGACAUAUGAGUUCUUAGUGUGUAUGAGUUGUCAUACUAUAUUUAUUUAGAUAUUAAUAACAACAUCCCAUUGGAAAGACAUAAUGAUGCUAUAGGUACUGUGGCUGUGAACUAAGUACUGUGCCAGUUGUACCAUAUUCACCAAAACGUAGAUUAGUUUCAUGACAAUAUCAUAGGAAUGGUCGAGAACACUUUGAUGUUUUUUAAACCCUAAACAAGCAUUGUAAAUUAAAAUUUUGCCUAAUGGAACGUAAAAAAUAUAUUACGUAGUCAAGAAAUAAUAUUAUUAUUUGAGACCAUACCCGUGAUAAUUAUUCUUUAAGGUAAACAAUUAUGUUAUGUAAUUUAAUUAUAAGUAUACUUGCUAACGCCUAGUAAAAGUGUAUAGCAAUUACGCAUUUUGUGCCUUUUUGCGCCUUGCUAAUAUUUCAAGGCAGGCGUUCCUGUAACAUUGUCAAUUAUAAAUCAUUCCAUUUCGUACCUCUAAUAUUUUAUAAUGAUUGUCUACAAAACGAAAUACCUGAUUUGCUCAAAGUAGGUUUGUACGAGAAAUUAUAUUACUUAUUUCGUUUGAAAUGUAAAUAAAGAUCAUUAGUAAAACA